CACAAAGAUGGCGGCCGUACCCGGUACAAAGAUGGCGGCCGCCGCCGUGCGCGGAGCGCGUUGCCCAAUACAAAAAUGGCGGCCAGGAAGGCGCUCUGGCUUCGCGCUUCCGCGGGGAGCGCUGCAAUGACGUCAUCUCCCUGCGACGCCGAGCCGCGUGGAUCAUGGAGGGGGAGAACGAGGGGACCCCGGGACCGGGACCGGGACCGGGAGCCACCCCAGAGGGGCCCGGCGGGGCCGCCUCGGCUCCGGCCGCGGCUCGGCGGCGGCGGAAAGGCGGCAAGAAGCGGCAGGAGGCGGUGGUGGCCAUCCCGCGGGGCAAGCCCAAGUCGGGACGGGUGUGGAAGGAUCCCGGGAAGAAGAGGUUCUCCCACAUGAUCCAGGACAAGGCGCUCCGCAGCUCCUGGGCACGGAAAAUGAAGGAGAGGCAGGAGAGGAAGCUGGUCCGGGAUCUGGCACGGCAGCUGGAGGAAGCCAAGCAGAGGGAGAAAGAGGAAAAGAAGCGGCGGCGGGAGGAAAACCUGAAGCGGCGCCUGGAAAACGAGCGGAAAGCCGAGAUUGUCCAAGUGAUCCGGAACCCCCUGAAGCUCAAGAGGGCCAAGAAGAAGCAGCUGAGGCGGGUGGAAAAGCGGGAUACGCUGGCCCUGCUCCAGAAGACGCCCGUGAGGCGCAGCACGGCCACGGAAUGAGGCAGGAUUUGGGAUACUGCCACCAGGAUCCUGCUCCUUCCCAGGGCUUUUCCCUCAGCUUGCCAGGCAGGAAUGGCUGGCAGGACCCUCAGUGUUGGACAAACAACAGGACAGAGCUGGGGGGUGUAUUCCACAGGCAUUCCUGCUGCUGGAUCCCCCAGUCCCUGAGGAAUCAGGAUGCAGCUGGUGCCAGAGGCUGGAACAGAACUUUGCUUUCCCAAAUUUGCCUUUUCCUUAUAAAAAUGAAUAGGAACUGAGACGGAUUUGUUUCCAGUGGCUCUGGGAACUGGUGGCUCCAGCUGGGGCCUUCCCUAAGGCAUUCCUAGGAUUGGAGUGUGCCAUGGGCCCUCAUUCCUUGAAGGGAAUUCCUGUUGGGAAUGAGCCCCGGAACCCAUCAGCAAGGAAGGGGGCAUGUUGUCACACCCCCUCCUGUGUGGGGGCAAUGCUGGGAAUUCGCUGGGGGCUGGAAGUUGGAAAUCCACAUGGAUUUAACAUUC